GUAACUCUCUUCUUCUUCUGACCAGCUGGAACGCUCAAUUGCUCAAUUUCUUAAUUGCUGCCUCAACCGCCACAGGCACUACCACCCUUUUCUUCUCCCCUUUUCUGCCUUGAAGCUUAGGGUGACUCACGUCCUUCGGUGUACAUUUAUAUCUUGACUCUUUCACUGCUCAUUAUGGCUGGAUACGCCCCCAUCUCGGUCAGCUUGAGGCACUGCUCAUACUUGCUCCGGCUUGUACGUGUUGAAGCUAAACUUGUUCCUGUCGCCAUGUGGCAGUACUCUCUCUGUAUAAGAUCUCUAUUGUAAGUAUCGAAAGGUAAAGUACUCUCUUGUAAUAGGCCAAUAUCAAAUAUUUAAAGACGAGAUGUCUCCUUGUUUCUGUUCCCAUUCCAUCUCCGUCUUCAACAACUUAGAUAAGUUCGUCGCAAUUUAUAUAUCUCUAUAAUUUCACAUAUCAUUUCACUUAAACACCUGCCACCACCAAAUAAUGGUAUCAUAUAACAAGGGCGCUUCGAAAUCCCCUUACACCAUCGUUGUUGACGACCACUCCUCACGUUCGUCAUCUACAAGUUCAUACAACACCAUGUCUUCCCACACUAGCCUAGGUGUUGGUUCAACAUCUUACCCUAGUAGCUCCUCUGAGAGCUCACCUGUCGUUUACGAACAAAGCCGAUCACCCAAAGCCGAUGGCUUCACAAUUGACAUCGUGCGCCGCUCUAAAGUCACUGUAUUUAACCACCACAGUUCUGGGUAUCAACACGAUUCCCCAACUCCGGGCUACGGACAGCAUAAAGAGAGCCACGGCGAGAAGUCGCACCCCCACACGGGUUCUCGUUAAAUCGGGUCAACGUGUUUUUGAUCAUUUAUGUCAGGCGCAUCGGAUUUUGAGGUUAGGAUAGAAUUUUGGGCGGGAAAGAUUCUUAAUUUGGGACAGGCACUAGGUUAUACCAUGAAUUUUUCUUGUUAUUGGGAACUGUAUACCUAGAAGGAAGACUACAGGAUCGCCUCAAGGCUACUAGAUGUGUAUAGUUACUGGCGGCAUUUCAUAUCACUAAAUAUUCAUGUGGUCGAAUUUAAUCUUAUCGUCUCCACUCACGACCAAUCUCUUUUCCUUAUUUUGG